AUGCCUCAUCUCAAACUCCUCAUCACCAUCUCCCUACUCUUCCUGAUCUCCACAUCAUCUGCUCGUGAUUUUGGAGACGAUUCCUCAUGUGAGUCAUCAGAAGAGCAUGGAGGCCACGGAGGAGGUCACGGUGGCCGUCCCCGUCCGCCACGCCCACCACAACCCACUCAACGACCGGAUGAUGCGCAUCGACCGAGGUGUGGACAGGGAUGGUUCACUUCGUAUCGGCCACAAGGGAUUUGGUGUAUCAGGGUAGGAAUCGGAAAGUUGGACUACAACCAGGCGGCUGCUCAGUGUGCCACGUAUGGCGGUGUCCUCUCAGGAAUUCAAAAUGAUUGGGAGAGAUGGUUGAUAUCGAAUGAGGCCAACCGUCAGACACUUGCAUACAAUAUACAGUACUCCGGUAUCUGGUUGGGAGCUCAGAGGAAUCCGGGAAGUAACACGUUCUCGUGGACCGAUGGUCACACUACCGGUGUACAGGGAAUGGUUUUCGGACCGGGACAACCGGAUAAUAAGAAUAGGGAUAAUAGAGGACCACAAAACUGUCUCCAGCUGAUCGCUUUGACACCUGGUUUCUGGAAUAAUCCAGGAUCGCAAGUUUGGGUGAGCUAUCAAUCCGGUCAAAUCGACGACUACUGGUGUGAUCAGGUCGAGGAUCCAGCACAGAGAAUGUAUGCGUGUGGAAAGUUGGGGCCGCGUGAAUAA